GUUAAUUUACAGUUUCAUUUACAAAAAAUCAUCUUAUAAUUUCAUUUCAUUGUCAUUUUGAAAAUUCCAUUUUUGAAUUCGAUUGCAAAACGGCUUGAUUAAAAAGUAUAAUCGAUAUAUCAUCUAAUGAGGAAUAUCGAUAUUCUUGCAACUGUCUUGCAGCCCUAGUCAACAGCUGUUUUGUGGAAGCGGCGAACUUGCAAAAACCCAAACAAAAGUGUUAAUAUUUCACAAAAUUAGUUAAAUAACACCAAAUUUAAGCAUUAUUAAAAGAUGGCAGACAUGGCGGCAACCAACGAGGGUAAUUCCAACAGCAGUGAAGCUGCUCCCUUAGAGCUGCAACAGCCUACACCCGAAUAUAUUCAACGUAAAAUCUACUUUCUUGUAGAUCAUCUGCGAAAGUUUCAUGCUGAACUCCCUGAAAACCUUCAGACCCGCAUCUCCUACGAUUUACUCACCGAACUCGCCAAUUGUGUUCUAAACGAAGGCAUUUUCGUCAUUGUCAAAGCUUUAAUGGAAUUGCAACACGAGACGGAAAGACAUUUGAAUAAAAUGCGUUUGCAGGUGGAAAACGAAUACGACAUUGAGGUGGCAGGAUGGAAAAGCAAGAUCAAGGAUCCCGAGGAACUCCAACAUAUUCUGGGUCUUAUUAAGAUCAAGCACACCAAGAAGCUGCUUGAAACGGACAAGAAGAUAAUUAAUAUUUUAGAUCAAAAGGUUAAUGACCAACAAUCCACAUUGCAAAAGGCCGGUGUACCGGGUUUCUAUGUCACUGAAAAUCCCAAAGAGAUCAAAAUACAAAUGUUCCUGCUGGACUUUAUUCUCCGCUUGAGUAGCCUGAAGUACGAACCGAACAAAUAACCAUUAAUGGUUAAUCCAGAGACCACAAAAGACUGCACUUGACUUGUAUAAAUUAGAAUAUUUAAAGCAAAUUAAAUUAAAUUAUUAACCC